AUCGAAUCUGCACAUUAAUACUGACGAAUUUCUUAGUUUUUUUAUAAUGUAUUUCCUUUUAAUUUAUGUAAUUCAAGGCUCAUCUGUAAAAUAGACAUUGGUCUCAGUAUGACUCCCUGAUAAAAUAAAGUUUAAAUGAAAUAUGACUCUGGCUUGCACAACCAAUCUUGAGAGAAUGGCGGUCGUCGUUUGAUACUUCACCGUUGCUAUGGAAACACAAAGCUUUACCUGAAAAAAGCUGACAGGGAGUUUAUGACAAGUUAUUACAACUGGCUAAUACGUUAACAGAAACUGUUAACUAAACAAGUAAAUAGUGUAUAUAGAAGUAGUAAUCACUUAAAACUAUCGCCGAUGCAUCCUGAACCCCUCGAAUCCGGUGAGGUGGAAGAAGAAAGUGGUGAGGAGUCCAGUAUGACCCUGCAAGCUGGAGAUGUUGACAUCGCGUUCAGCAAUAUUUCUGCAACUUCCAGUAAACUAGAAGUCGACAAACUCAUACAAGCCCAACAACAAGAGGAAAAGGACUCGGGUCCAAGAAUGACAAAGACAUUUCUGAAGGACCACUGCAAGCAAAAUAAACUCUACAUGACACCUCGAUUGAAUGACACACUGUAUUUGCACUUCAAAGGCUUCUCCACCAUAGAGAAUCUGGAGGAGUACACAGGGCUGAAGUGUCUCUGGCUGGAGUGCAACGGACUGCAGCGCAUCCAGAACCUGCAGGCCCAAACGGACCUACGCUGCUUCUUCCUCCACCAGAACCUCAUACACAAUCUGGAGAACUUAGAACCACUCAGCAAGCUCUGCACCCUCAAUGUCUGCAACAACUACAUACGCACCAUCGAAAACAUUGCCUGCCUGCCUGAUCUGGGCACCUUGCAGAUAGCCCAUAAUAAGCUGCAGACAGUGGGAGAUGUGGAGCAUCUGAGUCAGUGCCUCUCCCUCAGUGUACUGGACAUGUCCCACGACCUGCUGGAUGACCCAGACAUCCUCACUGUGCUGGAGAGAAUGCCUGAACUGCACGUGCUGAACCUGAUGGGAAAUGAAGUGAUAAAGAAAAUCCCAUACUACAGGAAGACUAUGAUCAUACAUCUCAAACAGCUCACAUACUAGGAUGACCGACCUGUGUUCCCAAAGGACAGGGCGUGUGCGGAGGCGUGGGGGACAGCGGGUCCAGAGGGGGAGCGCAGGGAGAGGGAAUCAUGGCAAACACAAGAGAGAAGGAAGAUCCAGGACAGUCUGGACACCAUGGCAACCAUCAGAGACCAAGCCAUGGAGAAUCUGCGACUCAGAGAGCUGCAAGAGAGAGGGGAGUAUGAGACCACUACAACUCCAGAACUUGAGAGCCCCAGUAAAAAGAACCAGAGGCAGAAUCAGAGCCCAGGCUGGGAGGAGAGGAUCCGCUUUGUGGAGGACAGUCUGGAGGCCCAUGAAGAGUUCCUACAGACACAGAGAGAACAGACAGAAAAGGAAGAGCUAGGGAAUGAACAGCCACUGAAGAAGCAGCUAGACAGAGAACAACCAGAAAGAGAGGAUCCGGAGGGAGAUCGGCUAGAGAGAGAGCACCAAGAGGGAGAUCAGCUAGAGCGACAGCACCAAGAGGGAGAUCAGCUAGAGAGAGAGCACCAAGAGGGAGAUCAGCUAGAGAGAGAGGACCAAGAGGGAGAUCAGCUAGAGAGAGAGCACCAAGAGGGAGAUCAGCUAGAGAGAAAGCACCAAGAGGGAGAUCAGCUAGAGCGAGAGCACCAAGAGGGAGAUCAGCUAGAGAGAGAGCACCAAGAGGGAGAUCAGCUAGAGAGAGAGCACCAGGAGGGAGAUCAGCUAGAGAGAGAGCACCAAGCGGGAGAUCAGCCAGAUGGAGAGCACCAAGAGGGUGAUCAGCCAGAUGGAGAACAAGCAACAGAAGAAAUAUUAAAGGAAAAACUGUUAGAGUUAAACCAGUCAAGGAGAGAACAACUACAAAGAAGGCAGCCAAAAAGAGAGAAGUUAGAGAGAGAGCAGUCAGUAUGUGGCCAGCCACAGUCUCAGACAGCUGGGAGAAUUGUAGAGCAUGGUCCUGGACCAAUGGUGACUGAGCUAGAGGAGACAGAGGACCUGGAGACCAUCCACCUGGGGCAACGCCCACCACUUCGUAUUGACGAUCUCCCUGACCUGGAGGAUGUGGAUGUUGAAGAUCCAGACAGCACCUGCAUCUUCUCCUCUCAGCGAGUAUUCCGGCCAAUGAUAGAGGUCGUUUCAGGAGACAACAACGAUGUAGAUCCAAUCAUACAUCAGAGUGGGACAGUGUGGACCACAUCUACGUCAGGUCCAUGCUCAUCUUCACUGUUCAGGGUCUGUGACAAAAUGUCAAACAAAUCGCCCACCAAUCACCUAGUAGCAUUGGACCCAGAGGCGGGGGAUGCCCCAGAGCUGGUGAUAUCAGAACCUCAGGGAGAACCCAGACAGAGGCAGAGCCCUGAAGCCAGCAAACCAGGUUGUCUCAUUGAGGAGCUGGACUAACCCUGCAGAAGGCUUUGAUAGCAUUAACAACACUAGGUUUAGGUGUUCAAUCUGGGAAAUAAAAGAAAGCCGCACACUCUUGGAGCUCAGAUGCAAAAAUGU